AGGAGGCCUUAGGCGCAGGAAUAACGUAUUCAUAAGUAGUAGACGUUAACAUUUCACUUCCGAGCAUACGCAGCUCGCACAUACACAAACACACACACACACACACAUACUAACAUAAAACACACACACAUGCAGCGAGACAGGACGGGCAAGGGACAACAGGUAACAAUACACUUUAGGAAUGCAAUUAGCGGUGCCAAUACCGAACCCAGCCCCCGUUCGGCCCGCGGCAGGGUGGUACGGUGUGCGGUGCCCCUCCCAAAACCCGUAAAACGACCGGUGGACCUUGCGGAGUGGGCCCACACGACCCCCUGUGGGGGUUGGGGGUGGGAAAUGGUAUUUGUGGCCCGAUUCAACGGGAAUGGGGGGAGGGUCAAUUGGGGGAAUAAAAGAGGAGGAAAAAAAAUACAGAAAACCACAAAUAUAAAAAAAAACCGGUGGCAAAACGGGUAGUGUGUAACAGUGAACGAGUUUAGCUGCGUCAACGGAGAGAACGGUAGGCACAAACGAAUUAUAGAAAAUCAAAACAUAACAAAAAAGAACAAACAAACAAACAAACAAACAAACAAACUAAUGAAAAAGCAAACUAAUAAAAAAAGGAAAUGAAAAAAUACAAACAAUUUCGAAAUGUAAAAGUAAAGAGUGGCAAACCAGAAGCAAAUGGACAAAGCGAGAAUCAUGGGCCGGUGAAGACCGGCGAAGUGUAUAGAAUGUACUAUUGAGUGGCAGAAAGAAAUCGGAACGGAAAAGUCGCCCUAUUGGUUUUUGUUCUUUUUUCUCGGGGCAAAGCAAGCCACGGCAUCGUAAAACAGUAGCUCAUCCUUAGGAGGGAGAAGAACAACUAGGAAGAAGAAAAAAGCAUACACAUACACACAGAAAUUAGUAGAUACCUGAACCAAACCGGAAGGGACACGAUAUUCGGGGCUGGGGCGAUAUAUUUAGUUGUUGCGUUCUUCAUUUAUGUGUCGCGUCUUAUUCGAAUUUUUCCCCCAAAUAUUCAGUACCCGCUCGGUGACGCAGUAGGCGGGGACGGGGGACGCGCGUGUGUAGUAGUGGCAAGUGAGUAAUACUUUCUUUCCAAGUAGAAACAAACAAACAAACAAAAAAUGCAGCGUUCUGUUUGCAGUGAUAAGCGGCUCUCUCUCUCUCUUUAGACGAAACGAAAACAAAAAACCUAAGCUAAAAUGUUAACCUGCUACACACGGCACGGUUCCCGGCAGCCGGGCAGCUUUUCGUGCACUCUCGCAAAAAGGGGAAAAAGCCGGCAAGAGGCAGUAAACCGGUAUCAGCAAUUCGCAGGGGAUUUUAGUGGAAAACAGUGAUGAUAACAACCUACACCAACAGCAAAAAACCAAUAGCUACGAAUCAGAUGGAAGACAAACAAAAACAAACUGAUAAAUAAAACAAUUAACAACAAAACUCAAUUCUGUACAAGGAACCACUGACAGCCGCAAGCAGCAAACAACAAACAACUCACAAAAGAGCGUUGUAGAUAUAGUUGAUCGUCGUUUCAUGAUAGUUUAUUCAGCAUUACUGAUAGAUUAGCCGGCUUACACUACUAAAAAAAGUGAUUGUGAAUAAAAACCUAGAAUGAACAAACGCAUAACGGCGCUUCGGUGUUUGAUUCAGCGCGUGCUCGAUGACACGGGGCGGUAAUUUUUCUUGAGUUUUUAUAUUCAUAUUUU